ACGCUGGCUGCAGGAGACAGAGGACUUCUGGCCUGGUCGGGGACAAGGCGUGGAACAGCCAGCUGGGAGGUGGUAAUGGAGGUCCUGCAGAGAGGAGCCCAGCCGCUCCCCUGGGUGGCCGGGGUCGUGGCUCUGCUCUUGACGGUUGUGGCAGCGUGCUUCCUGCACUCCCUGGUGGAUCACUGGUGGCGGUGGUGGGUGAUGAAGCCGAUCCCGGGUAUCAGCCCCUGCUAUCCCCUGCUGGGAAAUGCUCUGCUCUUUGAGCGGGAGGGAGAAGGUUUUUUUAAACAACUGCAACAUUAUUUUCAAGAAUUCAGGAAUUUACCAUUUUUCAAAAUUUGGUUAGGACCCUUGCCUGUCAUGGUUUUGUAUGACCCUGACAGUGUGGAGGUUAUUCUGAGCAGUUCAAAGCACAUAGAAAAAUCCUACCUGUACAAAUUUCUACAGCCAUGGCUGGGCACUGGACUUCUGACAAGCACUGGAGACAAGUGGCGGACACGGCGGAAGAUGAUAACUCCCACGUUCCACUUUGCAAUCUUAACUGACUUUCUGGAUGUUAUGAAUGAACAAGGGAAUAUUUUGGUGAAUAAACUUGAGAAGCAUGUUGAUAAGGAGCCAUUUAAUGUCUGUCCUGAUGUCACUCUGUGUGCCCUUGAUAUAAUCUGUGAAACUGCGAUGGGCAGGAAUGUGGGCGCUCAGGAGAAUAAGGAUUCUGAGUAUGUUCGUGCUGUUUACAGGAUGAGCGAUCUAAUCCAACGGCGACAGAUGAGCCCUUGGCUUUGGCCUGACUGUGUAUAUAUGCUGUUCAGAGAAGGAAGAGAGCAUGAGAGGAGUCUCAAGAUCCUUCACAGUUUUACAGAUACAGUAAUUGCAGAAAAAGCUGCAGAACUUGAAAACCCCAAGCAAGGGAAAUGUGAUGCUGAUGGCAACUGUGAAGGAAGAGGCUCCCAAAAGAGAAAAGCUUUCCUGGAUAUGCUCCUGAGUGCAACAGAUGGUGAAGGGAACAAACUGAGCUACACGGACAUUCGUGAGGAAGUGGAUACUUUCAUGUUUGAGGGUCACGAUACAACGGCUAUGGCUAUGAACUGGGUGCUGUACCUACUGGGGCAUAAUCCUGAAGUCCAGCAGAAGGUUCACCGAGAACUGGACGAGGUGUUUGGUAAAAGUGAGCGUCCUGUGACGAUGGAGGAUUUGAAGAAGCUUUGGUACCUUGAGUGCGUUGUCAAAGAAGCGCUUCGUCUCUUCCCUUCGGUUCCGCUGUUUGCCCGUAGCUUGCGGGAGGAUUGCUAUAUUAAAGGCUAUCAGAUACCAAAAGGCACAAACGUUCUUGUGGCAACUUACGCGCUGCACAGAGACCCAGAGAUCUUCCCUGACGCGGAGGAAUUCAGGCCUGAGCGGUUCUUCCCCGAGAACUGCAGGGGAAGGCACCCGUAUGCUUAUGUGCCCUUCUCGGCUGGUGCCCGGAACUGCAUUGGUCAGCGCUUUGCACAGAUGGAAGAGAAAGCCCUUUUAGCCCUCAUCCUGCGGCGCUUUUGGGUGGACUGCUGUCAAAAGCAAGAGGAGCUUGGUCUGACAGGAGAGCUGAUUCUUCGUCCAAAAAACGGCAUCUGGGUCCAACUGAAGAGAAGACCAAACUCUGUAUCAUAAUGAAAGGAAAUUCAAGAUGUUACAUUCCAAAAACUGUUUAGGUUGGAGAAUGUUUUUAAAUUGGAUGUUUUGAAGGCAGUCCAGUUAGUGAGGCUUGGAUUUUUUGGAACUAAAGUUGUACUGCUUAUUUCAUCAAAAAUGAUGAUAUGAUAGUCCUGAAGUCCUGUAGUCUUCUAAUGAAUUUUAUGUUCAUCUUUAAAGCGCAAUCUUUAACCAUCAAAUUCUAUGCCUUGUCUACUUAAAUGAAUUGCAAUAAUGCAAAGGAAAGUAAAUGAUGAGGUGAGGAACUGACCAUAUUUUACUGUGUUAGUCAAAGCUCGAAACAAUGAAUGAAUGUGCUCUGACAUUUUAAGAUCCUGCAAACAACGUAGAGAGGUUCUUGUUUGUUGAUGUUAAUGAAGAAUUGCAGUAAUGGACCUAAAUGCCUCUGAAAAUUUCUGACUAUUCCUACUUUAGAUUAGAUUCUCAGACAGAAGCAAAAAGGACUCUGCAGCUCUAAGGUGUUAAUGAUGAUAGAAAAUCUUAGAACUUCAGGAAACAAAACAGCAAGUAUAUUGAGAGAUAUAGCUGAAGUAUUUUUUAAAAAGUUUUGUUCACUACUUCUGCAACAGCCUCAGUAGGAUGCUCAUAGACGUGUGAGGUUUUUUUCCCCUCCCUGUUUUGUCAGUCAGCAUGCAUCUGAGGCACUCACAGGGAUAACUGUCAAGCCAGCAGGUGCAUUUUCUGGUUUUGGGGAUCUCCCCACCCUACCAACAGAAUGUAAUAGUAGUAUGCCUCUACUGAGGCUGCUGUAUUUAUUCACACCAUACCACCAAGUCAAGGAGAUGCAUAAUUUGUUCAUUCAAUAGCGCAAAGGUGUCACCAUCUCAGCUUGGAAUUCACAGUUAUAUCCGGAUGUCUCCCUCGGACAUUCACACAACUUUAGUAAUUUCUUCCCUCCCCGCACAUUCUGCUCUGUGAAGCUUUGUGUGUUAAAGGAGGAUAAGGGAACCACACAACAGACAAAAGCAGACAAUUAUUAAAGAAAAUCUUUUUCUGAAUGUUCUUCUAGCAGUAUUGGUACCAAGCUGGGGUCCUCCAGCUGAUCUGUGCUUCUGCUCUCUGCUCAUGCUUCUUUGGGGAGGUGCGGGUUACCCCAGCGUUGUGCCCUGGCACUGCUCAAAGGAGGGCAGGCACAGAUAAGCUUGUUUAUCUUUUAUUACUGAUGCAGCUGCUGCUCUGAUCCUCCUUAGUGAAACAAUCUGUCAAGAGCCUGCAUCCUUGCUGUCCUCUGGAUGUCAGGCUGUCCCCAGCCAGCAGAUGGUGCCUGCUACGGCGCAGGGGACAAGGCACAGCACAGCCAGUUGCUAGGAGGCGAUAGAGGUCCUGCAAGGAGCCAGCUCUUGAUGGCAGCAUGCUUCCUACACUCCCUGGUGGAUCACUGGUGGUGGUGGUGGUGGGUGAUGAAGCUGAUCCUGGGUAUUAGCCCCUGCUGUCCCCUGCUGGGAAAUGCUCUGGCCUUUGACUGGGAGGGAGAAGGUAAGGGAAGCUUAUCCUGUAGUCCAGCUGUGAGGUCUCUUUCACUGUGUGGGGCUUUGCUGCAGGAGCCAGGCGGGUCGGGGGCUUUGGUGGCAGAGCUGUGGCUGGCUAGGCAAGCUGCAGUGUGUACCAUCGCCUUUAGGUCUCUUUGCGGCUGUGGGUGAGCUACAGAGAGAAACUGGAUGAGAAGCUGGAAGCCAGGGCUAAUAGCUAACACUGGACUGGCCCACCUCUAAUUGUUAAUGUGUUACAAAGUAAGAAAGAUGUAAUCUGUCUGUCCUGCUUUUGUUUAUUUUAUAGGUUGUUUUCUUUUGUCUGUUGUGCGCUUUUAAUAACACAGGGUGGUUUAAUGCAUAGGACACCACUGUACUUCAUAAAAUAUCAGAGUAGAAAAUAUUUCCUAUGUUUUCUGAAUAAAUUAAAAUUUUCCUUGAACCUACUGAAUUCUUUAUAUUUUGAUAACUUGAAUUUUGCCUUUUUCUGAAGAUUUUGAAAAACAAAAAAAAAAAAAAAAAAAAAGAAAAAGAAAAGAAAGAUUUAACUGCCUAGUUUACAUAAAUGAGAUCACAGACCUGGACAAAUAGUUUAUUGUAAUUGCAACUUUUCUAUUGCCAUAAAGAAAACAGAAGUGACAGAACAAUGGUAAUAUAACCUUUUCACUUCAUUUUCAAAGGCUGUUUUUGUUGUUUGGUGUUGACGAGAAGUUAAUUUUACAGAGCUGAUUAUAAGAAUCAUUAUCUUUAUAAAAAGGUGAUUUUCAGAGACUAUCUUCUUGUAAUGCACGUAAAACAAAUGAAUCAUCUUGUGUUUUUCCAAGAGCUUUUUGGUAAAGAAUUAGUUCAAACUUCUGGGUGCUUGGUGGUGUGAGCUUUACAUGUGUACAAGGUUUGUGUUUAGGAUGCAUUUUCUCAGGACAUCAAGUAUGUAUCCAAAAACAGGAAGAGUACCUUAUGUGUCUUGUUGAGCCCUGUCCUUAAAUUGAGGAUUUUCAAGACAAAUCUAAUAUUAGUUCAUUUUCUUCUGUGAUAUCUAUGUUGUGUACAGUUUUUUAAAUUAACAAAACUGUUGCAUUCAUUUCUAUAAGGAAAUAAUUUUUGUGAUACCUGUCUGCAACAAACAGUAGUUUUGCUUGUGCUUUAUUUUUAAUGCAUACUUCUAAUGUAUGGAGAUCUCAAGUGAAAACUGUAACUUCUUUAUAACUUCUAAUGGGAAUAACAAAUAAUUUAGAGAUGCAAUGCGGUCUUGCCAAGUUUCCUGAUAAAAUAAUGAGAUAAUAAAAUACUGUGUAUUGAAAAGCAUGUAUACAAAGUAAUGUUCAUGGUCAUUUUCGGAUGGUUAGCUAUCUUCUGAAGCUUGGAAGUGAAGACUAUGAGUAAAUUGUAAACCCAAAUGUUCAUACUGAGUAUUGGUUCAUAUAGAGUAGCCCUAAUGAUGAGCAGUGAUGGCUCCAUUUCGGAAAUACAACUCUGCCUUACCAUAAGAAGUGAAUAACCUCCUCUCAUACAGAGCGCCCUUUCUUAUAGUAGCAAAUAGGGCAAACCUUUCUACUGGAGUGAACCAAAUGAGUAUGCAAGUUGUUCAGGAGCACUAUGGUUGUUAUGAAGAAAACUGUUAGUAGACUCUCUACAUGACUUCCUAAGCAGUGUUGCUUGAAAGUGCUUUCAGGGCUGACUCAGAGGCUCUAGAGGUUUCCAGGCAUCUUGACACAAACUGUUUUUUGGGCCCCUGACAGUCACAUUUUUGGGACCCGUGUAGGAGAUGGACUAUUGAUGGCUAACUAGUCUUCCUGAAUUUUAUCUUCAUGUACCAAAAGAUGAACUCCCUUGGGGAGAUGUUAGUAUCUUGCUGCAUACGGAUCCUCUUGACAUGAUGAACAUGGUAUCUUACUGUUCCUCUUCUUUCAGCACGUAAAAGACUGAACUUUUGGAGAAUCCUUACCCACUUCCCUUCCUGAAAGCAGUGUUGGCGCCAUCCUUUGGCAAACCUUUGAAUAUAGUACUACCUCACUUCAUAGUCAGAUCAUAUUUUGAAGGUUGUCUUCUCAGAUAGUAUGAAUUAGAAACUAAACUAACUCACUUUUCUUUUUAAACAAAAAUUUAAUUCUUCUGAAGGCAGGAGUUCUCUGCUAAGUAUGACUCCCAUCUUUUCCUAGAUAAAUGGUCUUUUCUGAUCCAUGCCUGGACAAGACUUAAAGGGCCUCAUCAAGUCAAUGGGACACUUGAGUAGACUGAAAUGUUCUAUCUUAUCUAAUGACCAACAAUGGCCAGCAUCAGUUGUUUUAGUUGCAAGAAGCCAGGACUUAGGCAGUUAUUAGAUACUCUAUUUAUAAGAAGUUGUCAGAAAAGUGCUUUUGCAAAUACAUGAUAUAAGAGUCACUGCUGGAUUUUCAGUGUGUUCUGUGAUCCUGAAUUUGGUCUGCAUUGAUUUCUUAUCUGAUAACUGGUGUACAACCAUUUCUGGGCUGUAUUGCUAGGAAGAGUAUUGUGGGCAUGUAAUUGCAGGAGAUGUGAGUAUAUACUAUUAGUGCUUUUAUUUUAGUGGAAUAUGAAAAAAUGCAAGAAUUGCAGCAGUUUUGAUUGAAAUCGAGUCAAACAGAAGACAACUUUGGACAUGUGAGAGAACUGAUUCUUCAUCAAAAUAAUGGUAUCUGGACUCAGAUGAGAGGCUCAAGAUUUUACAUCAUAAGAAGGAAAGCUUAAUAUUUUAUUUUUAGUACUUGUUUUAGCAGCAUUUGGUUUUCUGCUCUGUCUUUUGUCAGAUGCAUGAUAACUAUAUAGAGUAUAUAUAGAGAAUAUGUUAGAAUACUUGGUGCUUUUUUUCACCUGCAGUAUUCAAAGCCAUAUUUAUGAUACAAUUAUAGUAUCCUCACUGAGAUGGUAGGAUGUCCAAAAUAUGGUGCUGAAAUGUGAAUAUCUUAUAUUCUUACUGUUUCACUGUUAUCUUCCAUCAUUCCUUUUGAGAUGAUAUUCAUUUUCUUCUAUCUAAAAACUGAUGGGUGUCUCAUUACAGAGAAGUAGAUACUUGCACUUUUUGAGGUAUCUCAUUUUCCUCUUUCAUGUUGAAAUUGUCUUUUGAAUAUGACUGCAAUAAAAAAAUGAGACUUUGUUUUGGCAGGCAGAAUUAGACCUUAAUCAGGCUAUAGUAUUGCUCAGUCAUUCAUUUCCUGAGGUGAAACAAUUUCAUAAUUGCUGAUACUAGCUGCUGUGAAUUUCCUACCUCAAUUACCAACAAAUUUUACUUAAAUCACACAAAUGAGAAAGCAGCAUGAAGAAAGUAGGCAGCUACACUGCUAGGGUGAUUUCGUCUUAAAGAACUUUGACUUGAAGAAUAUGUAUACACACAUGUAAAUACAUACACAUAUACAUACAUAUAUAGGACAAGGUCAAAAUGAAACAGGAGAACCAAAACAGAAGUAAUAUUUUUAUUUCAGGUUUUUUACUUCAGAUUUUUUAUUUUUAUUUCAGAUUAUUCAUCUCAAUUUUAUAGUUGUAUCAUCAAAAAAUUUAAUUUUUAUCACAAUGUUUUGAUGAGAUCUUCCUUUAUCCUUGAAUUACUAACUGUGAACUGCAAUAUCCUGACUUAGUUUCUAGAAUAUUAUUGGUGGGUAAGUGAAUAUGAUAAAGAAAAUCAGAAAACUGUAGUCUUACAUGGAGCCUUUACAAGGCUAAAGAGUUUUUGAUGUCAUUUUGGAACUAUGUACAAUUUUAAUUUCUAGCUCUCCUCCUGCUAUCAGUCACAUUUCCUCUUUGGAUUUCAGUGAAACUCUGUAAAUUGAUAUCAGCUAAGAAUGUUUCAAUGUAUUUAAUAAUUUGUCCUGUAGUAAACGUUUUUUGCUUAAUUCAUUCAGGAAUGUAUAGUUAGUAACAAAUCAUUUUCUCUUGAAUGGAAAUACAGCUCUGUUGAUUUAGUUGA